AUGGACCAGACCGGGAAUCGCGGUGGCCCUUAUGCCGACUUUGGACGAGGAGGCAGGGGAGGCAGGGGGGGGAGAGGUGGUCGCGUUUGGUCUCGUGAUACCAGCAGAGAGCGGGGGAGAGACCGCGAUGACUUCCGUGAACGAAGAGAUCCCCCCUACAGGGACGACAGAAGUCGGGAGCGCGAUAGAGAUCGCGACCGCGACCGCGAGAGGGAUAGAGAUCGUGAUCGCGAUCGUGAGCGGGACAGAGACCGUGAGAGGGAUAGAGACCGCGACAGGGAGUGGCGCGAACGCGAUUCUUAUAGGGCCCGCCGCCCAUCCCCUGGAAGACCCCGAUCUCCACCACUGCGCGACUUCCGUGAUCAGCCACCACUGGGCGUAGACGCUGAGAGGGCGAGACAUGGAUCUCGCGAUGGCGGACCUCCGUCUGCCGGCUCCUCUUCCUCGGACCCACCUUUUAUGUCAACCUUCUCAAGGGGAGGGUUUGGUCGAGGGCGCGGCGGCCGUGGUCGUGGCGACUGGGAUCAUAGAGGACGUGGCCGGGGAUCUUAUCACGAUGAUCGUUACGGCCAUCUGCGCAGUCGCUCCCAGGAGGGCCGCUGGGGCAGGGAUAGAGAUGACCGUGACAGGGGAGACCGUUACGGUGAUAUGGAUGCGCGUCGAGAUCGGGACGAUCGUGAUAUCCGGGAUCGGGACAUUCGACCUAAACCCGAUCGCAGUUCCCUACCUCAUGAACAGCCACCGGUCACCAAAGACGUUUCUCCUCCUCCCAUCGCCCCUUCUGCUCCAGCAUUCGGCACCGUACCACCCCGGAACCUGAGCUCUUCAGAACCCCAACCGGCCAGUGGAACUGGAAAACCUCCUCCAACUGGCCCAAGAGCAUUGUCUGAGCGCCCUGUUUCGGCUGGCGGAAGUGAACCUCAAGUCUCGCCGACAGCCCAGACUAAACCGUCCCAUCCUCCCGAUGCAAGCACGCCAAUUCCCGUCGGCCCACGAGCACAACCAAAUCCACCGUCGAGACCGUCGAGCAAGCAAUGGAUCAAUCCGAAUAUUGCUGGCAGGAAAAUUCCCGAAUCGCCCAAGACUAUGAGGUCCCAAAGUUUCGCCCAACAGCAGCGACCAUUCCCCAUGCGCCAGGAUGAUACCCAUUUGGAUUACCACCGCGAAGAUCAGAGACGCCCCCGCAGCAGUCAUGCGAAGCCUGAAUCGCAGCUUAGCCCAACCAACGACCCUGCGCAACCCCUUCGCCGGUCAGUUCCACCUGAACUCGGCGCCCGACACGAGCGGGAUGUUCUCCCCGCGAGGGCACCAGUUGAUCGAGAGAGAAAGGUGCCUCAUUCGGAGAGCAAGGAUGUCGAAAUGGCGGGUAUGGAGACGCAGCCGGUCAAAGCCGAGGAGCGGAAACCCGAGCGGAAACUCGAUGGAGGACCGUUGCCCACGACGGUCUCAGCAACCAAGGACGACGCUCACGAAGCACGCGAAUCCGCGCCGAAGUCUGGUACAACCAAGCGGCCCCUCUUACGAGUUCCUGUCGUAAGGUUCUCCCUGCCACCAAAGGAUGCCACUCCUCCCUCGGAAUCCUGGGAAUCCGACGAUGAUGAAGAUAUGGGCGACUACUUCGCUGAUGAACUUACCAAGACCGAAUCAACCCUUCGUGAAUUGGAAAGGAUGGACGCCCCCUGGGAUGUGGCAACUCGAUUUGCAGGCUUGUCUCAUGACAUGGCCCUUAAAGUCGCAGUAGAGGACGAUCGGGUAACGGCGUCUCUGGGACCUAUCCCUGCUGAGCUCGAGGCGGCUGCCUUUGUCCCACCUACAGCGAUCAAGGCUCAGGCUGAGGGCAGCACAUCCGCGAAGAUAUCAAAGCCGAGCGAUUCGAAGGGACCCAGUCUCGACAAGGUACUAGCGCCCGCAGCGGGAGAAUCUCGUCCGGAGACGAAGGCUACUUCUAGCGCCCCACCACUUCCUAAGACUGAAGAAAUGGACAUGAGCGUGUCUAGUCCCUCUAGGGAAGUAUCUGUAAAGCAGGAGGUCCAACCCGGAUCCGAGGAUGUGCCUAUGGCCGAAGCUCCGCCCGUUCCCGAGGCAGCCCCGUCAAAGGAGGAGAGUCUUGCGGCGGCGCCUACAGAUCUGACGGGCUCCGCGGGACCUUUGCCCAUUCCCGAUGGUGCAGUACAACCGCCGGACGGGGGCAGCCCGCUUCCAACACCUCCUUCGCAGGUUGAGGACGACGGCGAUGAGACCGAAUCCGAUGACCCCGAGGCGAUGAUGAUCGAUUCCCUCCGCCAGACCAUGAAGACACCUCCCAUUGACAGCCUCCCCAAUUUCCACGGCAAGGCGUGGGACAAGGAUGCCAAGUUCUUGAGAACUUUGGAUGACACCGACUCGGCCGUCGACGAAUUAAUCUUGGACCAUCUGGAGAAGAUUAGUCUAGAAAGGCUUUCAGAGCAGCAAGAACUUAGCCUAGUUUAUCUCCAAAACUACCGACACUACCUAGAUUUCACCCUAUCGGACGAUUCGGUAGCAGUAAAAACCCGCGACAAGAUAUUUGGCACUAGCAGCGCGAAUGACAGCCUCGCGGCGGCGCAAGCAAAUGCUGAGCAAAAACCAGAGGGGCGAGGUAGCGGGAGGCGGUUUGCGACCGAAAGAGAUUUGGAGAGGGUCAUACAAGCCUCGAUCAAGGAAGAUGAGGAGCGCCGGCAACGUGAGAUCCAGAUCCAGAAAGAGAAGUACCGCAGCGAGAAGGAGGCAAUCAUUCCGCCAAUGUACUGGGACGAACAGCAAAUGAAGAACGAACUCUUCUACGAUACUUCCGGCUUCGUACCCGUUGAAAGGCUCGCGUUUGCCUGGGCAUGUCUUCCGCCGAUUGCCAAUUUCACGGAAGAAGAAGUUGAGCUGUUUGAGAAGCGCUACAUGGAGAAGCCCAAGCAGUGGGGCGUCAUCGCCGAGGGCAUACCGAAGAGGGACUUUAAGGCCUGCAUCCAAUUCUACUAUCUCAAGAAGAAGGAGCUUAAACUUAAGGAGAGGCUUAAGAAGCAACCCAGGAAGAGAAAGAAGAGCGGCCGUGGGAAGCAGAAGACCAGCGCACUUGUGUCCGAACUCGGAAACGGAGAAAAUCACGAGACGGAGGAGAACAACGCCGAAGCGACGGAAGGCGGAGAACGGAGGCGACCUCGUAGGGCGGCGGCGCCAACUUUCUCAUUCGAGCAGAACAACACGGCCGAUUCCGAUAGUGUCGCGUCCGGCUCGGGGCGGCGUGCCAACGCCGGGGAGAAGGUGGAUGGGAGAAAGGGUCGGCGCAAGGCGGCCAAAGACAAAGAGCCUAAGGCGGCGAAGCAAAGCCAAACACUCGCAGCAACGCAAACUACCGGUGGCACCGGUCGCGGACGAUCCAGAUCCAAUUCUCGUGCGCAGACUGUGGAGACUCCCACACCCACGGGCGCGGCCGAGCCCCCUCGCCUGCCAGUCACUUAUGAGCAGCCCAGCGGGAUCCAGCCUCCGUCCUUGGAUGCUACUGCUCAGCAACCACCACUCCCUCCACCUGCGACACCACUAGAGCGUCCAGUUGUCGCACCCCAAGCGUCAUCAAUGGCAGAUUUAAUGGCCCCUCCCUCUGCUCUCGCACCUCCACAGCUUCGUCCCGAACCACCGCCUCCUCCUCCGCAGCCGACUAUGUCUACACUCAGCUUUGCGCAACCACCGGUGCAACCCCAGCCGGAACGCCGCUCACAGACCCAGGCGUCAAGCUAUUGGAGCGUAUCGGAAAUUACGGAAUUUCCUCACCUUCUACGAGCGUUUGGUACGGACUGGAGCGCGAUCGCCGGCCAUAUGGGAUCCAAGACCCCUGUAAUGGUCAAGAAUUAUUUCGUGAGACAAAAGGACAAAAACGAUGGCUGGGAGGCGAUGGUUGCAGAGGCAGAUGAGAAGCGUCGGCGAGGCGAGAAACGACCGGAUCCACCUCCACCCUUGGCGACUGGGUCGAAGAAACGACACGAUCACACGGCUUCGACGAGCCGUCCGAUCCCGGUGGCUGCCCCUGUGAACCCCGAAAUGCCUACGCCAUCCGAAGCUGUGCAGGCAGCGAAGGCUGGAGGUAACCUUCCACAGUUGGCGAAUCAGCCAUUCUCGUCUCGGGUUCCCAUAGUGCCUCUGCCUCAAACCAGCCCUGGCCAACAGACGCCGCUUCAUUCCCCGCAAAAGCAACCGCCACCUGAGCAUAGCGGGCUCUUAUCACACCAGGCGCAAGCCAUGCCGACGACUGCGCAAUUGCAACAGGAGAUACCCCAACAAGUCCAUCCGUCCCAGGCACACGCCGGCGUUCCCCAGGCAAUAUCUCCUAGCGUCAAGGCCUAUCCUUACCCUGGCGAGAGAGCAGCAGAACAACAAGCACAUCCGAUGGACAAGGCAGCAGCUAUGCAUGGUACCGAAACUCCUCCAAAGCGCGCCCUGGCACCGAUGAGACCGUCUGCCGUUCCUGCGUCUCAGGGAGCAGCACCGGCUAUGCCGCAAGCUGACUCGUUGCAGGCGAAGCAACGUAAUGCGGCUGUCCUUCAGCAGGUCGAUCAGCAACCGCAGCAGGCUAAACGUGCACUGGCACCCAUGAGGCCCUCCCCGGCGGUUGACAGCAUGAUGCAGCAACAGCAACCCGAAGCUCAAUCUCAACCCCCACCACCACCAGCAGUACAGUCGAGGCGACCCCUAGCACCCAUGGCGAUGGCGCAGCCUCAAUCGGAGGCGCAACAGCCGGCACGCAUUUUGACUCCGAUGAGACCGUCCUCUAUGGUCCCUCAAGCAGCGCCGCCACAUGCUGAGCCAGGCAGGGACAGGACCAAAAUGGAGGCUCCUAGGGCAAUCGACCAACGCGGACCUGUCCAUCUUAAGCAGGAGCCAGACACGGUCCCGUCGACCGGAACCUAUGACUAUGCAGCGCACGCGCCUUCUAGACCACCACAAGGUCAUCUUGACCUUCGGCCUACAUCACCUGCCAAGCGACAAGAGUGGGGCCCGACGGGUUACGGGCGCGGCCCAGAGCCAACAGGUAUUUACAGUAUGAGCCAAGGUCCAAACGAUGGACGCCCUCGGCCUCUCGACCAAUACGGAGAUGUUGCUGCUCGAUCCCAAGCGUCUGUGCCAUCUCAACCUAUAGCCGCCGCACCAACUCCUGCUCCGCCAGCGCCAGCGCCUGCCCGGGCACCAGAACCUAAGAAGUCAAGUUUGAUGGCACUGCUUAAUGAGGUGCCGAACGACGAGCCCCCUCCACCCGCACCGAUGCCGGCAGCACCCAAGGCAGUUGGCGAUGUGAUGGGCAGCAGCAUGGGCAUCUCAAGCCCGCAGCCACAAAAGAUGCAGGGCCACCCUAGAGCCCCCCCACCAGCGAACUCGCAGUUGAGCAGGGAGCAGGAGGCUGCUGCCUAUGGAUACUCGCACACUUCGGUCGCACCAACUCCAUCAGGCAUGCCGCCAUUGAAGCCGUAUGCCUCGCCACAGGGACAACACAUGAAUAUUCAACGACCGGGAUCUGUGGUUCCUCAGAGACACGAGCCACCUCCCAUGGGUCCCGGCCACAACUACUACCAACAGACAAGUUAUGCGCAGCAUCACACAGCAGCCCCGAGCACGCCGGCUCAGGCUGCUCACCGUCUCACCCAUUCGCAAGCGGCUCCGGUGGCUUAUCAGGGCCAAACGGGUUAUGCACCAUAUGGAUCGCAGCCGCAUAGCUCUGCCGCCUCCCCGCCGCCCGCUCAGUAUUCAAUGCACCCCCCCACAUCUCGACCCCUUGAGCAUGCGCCGCUUAGUAGGGAUGUGUGGUCUACAUCUAGCCAGUCUCACGUUCCUCAGAGCCCAGCCAUGAUGUCCUCUGGGCUUCAGAAAUCACAGCCAGGAGGUUGGCCGGUCAACGCUACUCCCAAGCCAAUGCAGAGCCUAAGCCAACCUCCCAAGUCCUGGGACCCAGUGAAGGUAGCGGGCGCACCAGGGGCCGGGGCUCCUCUACAGACAUCUUGGUCUCCUACCCCCCCUCAGCAACAACACUAUAGUAGCGGCCUGCGCAGCGAACUCGUACCCGGACCGGGCUCCUACGGUAGCCCACCCACAUCCAUGGCUCAACAAGGCGCUCCCUCUAGUGCUCCUGCGCCUAGCGGCAUUCCUCCGCACGGCCACAUGCAGAGCCAGUACCCUCCUUCACAUGCCGGGCCACCAUCUCGAGAGCCGAUUUCCCACUACGCGCCUUCUCCUUACGGAUUGCGACCCGGACAAGGCGGCCCGCAUGAUGCGAGGGACAUGCCCGGACGCAGCUACACACCCGUCUCGGCAUAUGAUGCCCGCGGACCGCCUCCUCCUCAUGCGGCGUACGGGUCGAUGGCGGCGGACUCGAGGGAUAUGCAGAUGCGAGACAUGGCGAUGGAUCCACGCAGCGCAAAGGACCCGCGAGAUCCGAGGAUGCAGGGUCAGAUGCGGCCGCACGACCGGUAUGACCCUUCGGGCAGAGGACAUCAUUAA